AUGAAGAAAAUGCACCUUUUCUCUUCUUAUCUCCUCCUCCUUAUCACGUUAACCGCCAUAGCUAUACCUUCGAUCACCUCCGCCACGACGAUCGGAGUCACCUACUCAACUCCAGGUUCAAUUUCCGGCACCGUACAACUCUCGCCGGACAGGAUAGCCGCUAAAGUCGUCUCUAUGAAGAUUCCGGCGGUGAGGCUCCUCGACUCAAAUCCGGCGAUGAUUCGUGCCUUCGCUUACACCAACGUAUCCCUCUUCCUCUCCGUACCGAAUCCUCUAGUUCCUCUACUCGCUUCGAAUCGUUCACUCGCGAUGCGUUGGGUCUAUCGCCAUGUGCUUCCGUUUCAUCCCCGGACCAAGAUCUCGAUCAUCUCCGUCGGGAACGACGUCAUUUCGUAUUCGCCGGAUGUAUCUCCGUUUCUCCUCCGUGCGAUGCAUAACGUUCAUCAGUCUCUCGUGGAUCUGAGAAUCUACAAGAUCUCUGUAUCGACGACGUUCUCGUUCUUCAACAUCGUGCCCACGGCGUUCCCACCUUCGUCGGCGCAGUUUCAGCAACCUAACGGCGAAGUGAUUAUCAGACCGAUUCUGCAAUUCCUCGAAAGAACCAACUCAUCUUUCUUGAUCAAUCUCUAUCCCUACAAUAUGUAUCGGUCUAGCUUCUCAAUUCCGAUUGGAUUUGCUCUUUUUGAGGAGUUCCCGUUUAAUUUCAGAGACGAUCUCACCACCGGAGUUAGAUACCGUAAUCUCUUUGAUAUGAUGGUUGAUGCUGUGAUUAGUGCUAUGGCUGUCAUGGGUCACGAGAAUCUUCCGGUGAUUGUUGCGGAGACUGGUUGGCCUAGCUCUGGAAUUGAUGCUAGUGAAGUAGAUGCAACGUUGCUGUACAGUGAGAUGUUCUUAAAAUCUUUGUUGACUCACUUGAGAAGCGGAUUUGGAACACCGUUGAGGAAAGAAGGUGUUUCUGAAGUUUACAUCUUUGAGCUUGUUGAGAAAGAUGCCAAGCAAGGGAUCAGGAACUGGGGACUUCUGCAUCAUAACAUGACUAGUAAGUACAGCUUUGAGUUCUCGGAUGGAGGCAAAGCCAGAAGAUUCAGUGAGCUUUUGAUCGGAUUCUUUAUGGGAGUGGUGAUGCUUUAUCUGUUGAUCAUGUAGAAGAGAGAGUAAGAAGGUGUAUACAAGACUAAAGAUACAAUGAAGAUAGAGAAGUAGCAGCCCACCAAGAAUCAUUUGACAUGGCAACAUAUAAACCCAAUGACCAAGAUCAUUCUCAUCUAUUACCAUGUCAUGUGAUUUAAUUAGCUUGAUUUUUGA